UUUUCUUAUCACAUGUGAUUUGACGUGAUCACACUAAAGAGGUGAUCACAUGAUCGCGUCCGAAAUUGAUCGAAGGAGUGUCUCUCGAAUUUCUCUUCGUGCGACGAUGAUCCGACAAUUGUCGCUUCUUCUCGCUGUUCUCGCCACAGCAGUACACGGCCGUUCCCAUGCAAUCGGCGAAUUCAUCGUGCUUCAUUCACCCGACAGUGUAGAAUUUACCGUAAAUGGAGAUAAAUGGAUCGAGCAAAGCAGUCUCAAGGAAAUAUUGUCCGCGGCUCUUGGUUACACGGGAAAGCAGAGAGAUGCGGAGCACAGUAUUGCUAUAUGGGAUCCAUUUUCAAUGCCCCAGGCAUUGGUCGUUAUAGCGGUUGAUGGAAUGGAAUCUUUACCGAUUUUAAGUGACAAAAUCAAAGUCACAUAUCCUCUGAUCGUUGACGAAGUGGAGGAGACUACUUGGCAAGCAAUCAGAAGUAGAAUUGAGGAGCGAAGUAACGAUAACACAUUGGUCAGAAUUAAUCUGAGCGAUGGAGUUGACGCUCUGGGUCAGUCAGCUCUUGGUGAACUCAAACCAGCCAGUAUGGAGAAAUUGGUAUCUCUGAGUCCCGAAGUAGAAGAAGAUCGCAGGUUCGUUGAGGAGAUACAACUCCUUCAUGCUAUCGCUGAUAACGCGUCUUCUGCAAAGAAGCACGAUUCUGGCACUGAUGUCUAUUGGCUAGUUGUGUCGGCGCUCAGACCUAUUCUGGACCUUCACGGGAACUCCUCCGCGCCAGUCGUAGAAGCGUACACAUUGCUGAACGAGGCAAUGGAACAUGUUUCUAAGGCCUUCGUAAACACUUACGACGGCAAGGUUGUCGUCGCAGUAUUCACGAAUGACGCUAGCAGGUUGAGAAACACGCGGUCUGUACUUCUUGAGAGACAGCGCAGAGAUGUGAAAGCUUAUAAAUCUAACAGUGUUAAAUCGACCGAUAAUGCCAAGGGAACAUCAAUUAGUUCAGACAUUAACGAUAAUAAUUUUGUCAAGCGAGACGAACCAGACGAGCAAAGUAAUAAGGAAGGAGAGGAGACAAAUAAAAUGAGUAGUACUGAGUCCGACACUAUUGACAGCACUACUGAACACAUGAACGUUCAGGAUAGCUCGACGUCGGAAAAGUCCGACCUGAACUCAGUUAAUAAGGAGAAUGAGAUAAAUACUAACACACAGACAAUACCAGGACAGCCUCCAUUUUCGGGCCGCGCAAAAACUUAUUCGGAGAUCUAUCCUGUCAUCUUCAACAUCCUUUUGUGGUUUGGCAUCGCUUUCUUCUUCUCGCUCUUAGCUGUUUGUAUCGCCAUCGCCAAUAUGGAUCCAGGACGGGAUUCUAUUAUCUAUAGGAUGACGUCGAACCGAAUGAAAAAAGAUAAUUAAAUGUAAAUAUAAAUAGUUAUGAGUUUUUGUAACAUAUUUUUGUGCGAAGUGUACUCAUCGGAAUUCCAUGAGUGUAUGUAUGUAUGUAUAAUUUAAGCUUCAUGUAAAUUGAGAAAGUUUAAAUAGGUAACUUCAUCGUACGUGUACAUCCCGAGAAUUACUUGAGACUAUUUGAUUAUUCACGCGUUCGUCACAUUAAGAGAAUGUAGUUACAGUAUUUUAUUCAAGUAUAUGAUGAUGAUUAUUAUGUUGUUAUAUAUAAUAAAUUUUGGAACUUGUAUAUUCCUGAAAGAGAGCCAACGAA